AUGAAAAGAUCUCAAUCUGCUAGGCCUUAUAUUAAAAAACGGCAUGAUGUUGAUUAUACAAUAAAAGUUGUAACAGGUGAUAAAGCAUUUAAUGGAAUAGUUAAUAUUAAAAUUCGUGGAGUAAAUGGUAUAAUAACUAUUCCAUUAUCUGAUACGAAUAGUGGUGCAAAACCAUUUCAAGCCAAAUCAUCUGAUGAAUUUACAAAUCGAACAACAGAUGUUGGAAAAAUCAAACGAAUUACAAUUGAAUGUCAUGAUAUUGAAAAGAGAAAUACAUGGCAUUUAAAAAGAAUUCAAAUUCUUAAAGGAAAUCAAGUUUAUAAUUUUCUUGCUAAUGUACGUUUGGAUUCUAAAGAACCAAAAAUUGUUCUUCAUCCUAUUGAUCAAAGAAAAGAAGAUUAUGUUCAAAGUGAAUUACGUCGUUUAAGAACUAAUCUUCGAAAUGAAUCAUUAAAAAUGCAUCAACCCAAACAUAAAGCACAUGAACCAUUUGUUUAUAACAAUUUAAGUCCAUAUUUUGAUACUAGUACUGUUGAAAGAGCAAUAUAUGGACCAAUAGAACCUCCAUCUGGUUAUUAUACACGUAUAACAGCAUUAAGUAUUGUUGAACCAUGGGAAGCAUAUGGAAUGGAUUACGGAGUUAAUUAUGAAUUAUUAAGAUCACGAGCAAACCGUAGUCAAAGUGCAAAAAGAUCAGCGUCGACUCAAAAUGGUUUGAUGAUUCUUCCACCACUUUCACUUCCUUAUGGUGGUCAGAUAACAUAUGUUAAUUCUGGUAAAGUUCCAAGUUCACAUUCAACAUCAUCAAAAACUAAACAUAAAUCAUCAUUAAAACAUACUGGUGAACAAAAACACACAACUACAACUAAUGCUUAA